AUGGUCAAAAAUUGUUGGCCAGAUUCUGACAUAUGUGGAAGAAAUGCAGAAGUGGUUUUUCAAAAAGCAGCACCAGACAAUCUCUGCAUCAUCUUUGACAGAAAGAAAGAAAUGGAAGAAGAAAAUCGCCAAGUGGUGCUGUUCCCGUUCAUGGCCCAAGGGCACAUCAUCCCCUUCCUUGCAUUGGCCCUGCAGAUAGAGAAAAGACACAAAUACAACAUCACCAUUGUCAACACCUCACAAAACAUAAAAAAGUUACGAUCUUCUCUUCCACCAAACUCUUCAAUCACGCUUCUCCAAAUCCCUUUUACUCCCUCCCACCACGGCCUCCCUCCCAACACAGAGAACACCGAUACCAUCCCCUACAACCUCGUCAUUCGACUCAUCCAAGCCUCCACCACUCUCAAACCCGCCUUCAAAAACCUCGUACACAACCUCAUCGUGCAAAACAAAAACCAGAAACUCCUCGUCGUCGCCGAUAUUUUCUUCGGCUGGACCGCCGCCGUUGCCAAAGAACUCGGCGCCUUCCACGUCGUCUUCAGCGGCUGUAGCGGCUACGGCCUCGCCUGUUAUUACUCCCUCUGGCUCAACCUCCCCCACCGCCGCGUGGACCCCACGCAAGAACUUUUCACCUUACCGGACUUCCCCGAAGCACGUGACAUUCACCGCACGCAGUUACCCAAUAACAUUGCAGAAGCCGAUGGCUCAGACGCGUGGUCGUUGUUUCAACAACAGAAUCUCCGGGAGUGGGUCAACUCCGACGGGGUUUUAUUCAACACGGUGCAUGAGUUUGACUCCGUUGGGCUGGGCUACUUCAAAAGAAAACUGGGCCGGCCCGUUUGGGCAAUCGGCCCGAUUCUUUUCACCGGGUCCGGAUCGCGCGGGAAAGGUGGCGGAAUCGACACGAAACUCUGCAUCGAAUGGCUCGACUCAAAACCCUCGAAAUCUGUUCUAUUCGUUUGCUUCGGGUCGAUGAACACGAUCUCCGCUUCGCAGAUGAUGGAGUUGGCGAAAGCAUUGGAGCGGAGUGGGAAGAGUUUCGUUUGGGUUGUGAGACCACCGAUCGGGUUUGACAUAAAUUCGGAGUUCAGGGAAGAGGAGUGGUUACCCGAGGGCUUUGUCGAGAGGGUUCGGGAAUCGGGGAAGGGUUUGGUGGUUCACGAUUGGGCGCCUCAGGUGGAGAUUCUGUCGCAUCCGGCGGUUUCGGUGUUUCUGAGUCACUGCGGGUGGAACUCGGUGGUGGAAUCGCUGAGUGAAGGGGUGCCGAUUCUGGGGUGGCCGAUGGCGGCGGAGCAGUUUUUCAACUGCAAGUUCUUGGAGGAAGAGGUUGGGGUUUGCGUGGAGGUUGCGAGAGGGAAGAGUUGGGAAGUGAAGUGUGAGGAUAUUGCGAAGAAAAUUGAGUUGGUGAUGGAGGAGACAGAGAAAGGUAUCACGAUGAGGAAAAAAAGUGGUUACGUUAGGGAUAGGAUUAGGGUUUCUAUGAAAGACGAAGAUGGGUUCAAGGGGUCUUCUGUUAGGGCCAUGGAUGAUUUCUUGUCCUCUGCACUGUCCUAA